ACGCAGUGUUUGUUGUGACAGUAAUAGAAGAAGCUCAGCGCACCGGCUGCACUGUUGCAUGCACGUCGAGUAGUUAAUUAUUUUACCGCAUUCAACUGCAGUUCCCCCUCCACACACACUCACACAUAUUCACAGCUGAAAAAAAAAAAAAGAAACCUUCUUUCGAACAACACCUGUGCUUUGUGGAAUACUUCAUCUUUUCUUUUUUCCCCCCAUCUGAAACAGGAAUAUCGUCUGUGAGGUCUCAGGAAAUGCCGUGGGCUUUAAAGACAUUUGAAUGGAGAAAACGGAGUGUCUCUACGAAAGCUUCCGACGUGGACAGAUAGGAGAAAACCAUCCCGGAAUGAAACCAAUCUAAACCUUUCGAAGGCGAUUUAUUUGGACAUUUCCAACACUUGCCCUGCAUAUGUGGACUGUUUUUUCAACCGUGCGUGAGAGCGAGCAAGCAAGCAUUCCCUCAUCCGAUGGAUUUUUGCCUUUGCAGCUCAGCAGAGGGUGUUAGAUCUGCCAGUGAACACCGGGCUGAAAAGUCCUGAAUCUCACAGAAUUUGUCUUUGUGAUACAAAUGCGUUGAACGAAACCGCCGAGGUCCGAGGACGGAUGCUAAAGAUGUAAAAAAUUUCGGAUUUAUCUUACUGCGAUGCAUAGAGAUGUACGCGGUGUGAUUUCAGCACCACGGGAGAAAGAACAGCUCCCGCGCCGUGGAUAUGUGAGAAAUGCACAAGGUCAGUGAUUUGCGAGUCUGGAAAGCCAAAUAAUUGAGUUGAAGAUGUCAUUUUGUAAUCUUUAAGAUUGUUUUGAAAGCAUGCGAUGGGGAGGUGAUGAAAAAAAGGCUUCAUGCUAUCGAUUUUUUCUCAAUCUGGACAUAGCGAGCUGAGCAUGGAUAUAAUCACAGAGUGCACUCUGCUUUUUUAGACUGGAUAUAUAUCUUAUUUUUCGCCCUCUUGCUGAUUGUAUUCAUGUCUUGAUGUCGGGGAUGAUUGUGUUGUAUUAAAAAUGCUGCUUUGGAUUGUGUUGCUGAAGGCGGCUCUUUGUGUAGCUAUCGGGAAUGUUACAAGGGACGUCUGUAAGGAGCAAAUCUGUUCCUGCAAUGCAAUAGAGGGCGAUUUGCACAUUGACUGUGAGAAAAGGAGCCUCACGAACCUGCACCAUUUGACAGGUCCGAGCUCCCAGUUUUACCAUCUCCUGCUUCAUGGGAAUUCUUUAUCCAGACUUUUCCCCAACGAGUUUGCUAACUUUUACAAUGCUGUGAGCUUGCAUUUGGAGAACAAUGGCUUGCAUGACAUUGUGCCCGGUGCGUUCUUGGGACUGCAGCUUGUGAAACGGCUGCACAUCAAUAACAACAAGAUUAGGUCUUUCAAAAAGAAUACAUUUCUUGGUUUAGAUGACCUGGAGUACCUUCAAGCUGACUUCAACCUUCUGAGGGACAUUGACCCGUCCGUGUUCAGGGACUUAAGUAAGCUUGAAGUUUUAAUCUUAAACGACAACCUUAUUAGCGCUCUUCCCAUAAAUGUGUUUCAGAAUGUGCCCAUCACACACCUCGAUCUGAGAGGGAACCGAAUAAAAACGUUGCCUUAUGAAGGGAUUCUAGAGCAGAUACCUGGCAUCGUGGAGGUUUUAUUGGAGGACAACCCAUGGGAUUGCAACUGCGACCUGGUUUCCCUAAAGGAAUGGCUAGAGAACAUCCCGCAGAAUGUGCUCAUUGGAAGAGUCAUUUGCGAGGCACCCACUCGGCUGCAAGGGAACGAUCUGAACGAAACGGCUGAGAUGGAGUUGUGCCCUUCAAAGAGCGGCAUGGAUUCCAGCCUGGUUGCACCUCCCACCCAAGAUGAGACUCCCAAUCGCGGCCCCCGUCCAACGCCAUAUAAAGCGAGUGGGGUGACGGAGUCCCGUAAUGCUGGGGGAGGUCGUAACAGGGGACGUCCGGGAAAAGCCAGGGAAAAUUGGCAGCUGAAAACGAAGCCCACAGCCAUGGCGACUGGCACCAAUGAAAGGGAGCCACCUGCUAAUUCGACCUGCCCUCAGUCCUGUAGUUGUAAGUUGAUAGGAACUAGACAAGGGCUUGGGGUUAACUGCGAGGGCAGGAAAAUAGAAAGCGUGGCUAAUCUCAAACCAAGACCCCUGAGUGCGCAUGAGUUAAAUCUGCGCGACAACAACAUUCAUACCAUCAAAAGGAACCAGCUCAGAGGAUACCAUAGCUUGAAUUUGCUUGAUUUGGGGGGGAAUAACAUUAAAAUGAUUGAAAAUGGCACUUUUCACAAUCUGACAGAGUUGAGGUGGCUCUACAUGGACAAGAAUUACUUGGAUACAUUAAUAGCAGAGAUGUUCAUUGGACUUCAGAACCUGGAGUAUCUCAGUUUGGAAUAUAAUGACAUCCAGCUCAUAAUGCCAGGCACCUUCAGCCCAAUGCCCAACUUGAGGGUGCUCUUCCUCAACAACAACCUGCUCAAAGCUCUACCCGUGGAUUCAUUCUUGGGGGUGUCUUUGUCUAAAAUAAGCUUGCAUAACAACUAUUUUACAUAUCUCCCUGUAAUAGGUGUCUUAGACCAGCUCAACUCCAUUAUCCAGAUUGAUUUGCAUGGGAAUCCCUGGGAUUGCUCAUGCAAUAUUGUUCCCUUCAAAAAGUGGACAGACAAGCUUGGGGCAGACGUCAUUGUGAGCGAUCUCAAAUGUGAAUCUCCCGAGGAGUUCUGGAAGAGGGAUUUCCGGCGAAUCAGGAAUGAUCUUAUGUGCCCUCAACUCUAUGAGAAGAUCUCCCCCACCUCCCUGUCCAAAAACAGCACUUUCCCGGCAGACACCGGGACACGGCCAAACUCCUACCUGGAGCCUAGCAGAGUGUCCAUUUCGGUGCUCGUGCCCGGUCUGCUCUUGGUUUUUGUGACUUCUGCCUUCACCGUGGUGGGAAUGCUGGUCUUCAUCCUGCGAAAUCGAAAGAGAUCGAAGCGGAGAGACGGCAACUCUUCUGCGUCAGAAAUCAAUUCUUUACAGACAGUAUGCGACUCAUCCUACUGGCACAGCGGAGCUUAUCAUGCAGACGGGCCAAACAGAGGUUACGAAUGUGGUGCCCACUCUCUCACUGACAAAUGAUGCUCAUGGAGACAUGAACAAGCAAAUGGAUGUACUGCGUUUUGUAUGUUGCAGUGACAAUGGAGGGCGACACACAAACAUUAGACCUCAGACUCGCCUCUGUGGGGAAAAAAAUUGCCUAUUUUUGUUGCUUCAGUUGAGUAUUGCAUCCAUGAAACACUGCGAUGGGGCCCCCACUGUAAUAUAUGUAUAGAACCUCUCUUUCUUUCUUUCUCCUCCCAGUUCAGACUGCAAAACACGCUCAAAAGAGGACGUGGGAACAGUGCACGAACGCAUGAAUGUAAUGUAAAUAAUGGACUGUAACAUAUCUGCAUGAUUCGCAUGGUCUCAACACACACUGAGAACCAUUAACAUAGUAUCAAGGAAGCCAACGUGACCCUUCUUUCGUGUUAUCAGUAUAUAUAUAUAUAUAAAUAUAUAAAUAUAUAAAUAUAAAACUAUAUAUGACUAUAUUAAAAGUGCAAUUUUUUUUUUUUUUUUUUUUUUUUUUUUUUUUUUUUUGUCCGUUAGAAUUUGUAUUUGCUGUUGGAUUUCUCUUUCUCAAAGGUGGAUGGGCAAAAAGGUGGAGAUAAUGAGUUGUAAAUGCAUGUACUUUCCGUUUUAUCACUUGAUUGUUUAUUGGUUGAUAUGGGGAUAAUUUAAACAUUUUCUUUUCCUUUGUUUUCUUUUUCUUUGUGCAGAUUUCUCAUGUAUCUGCCUAGUCAUCUCUUUUAUGAAUGUAAAAUGUGUUUAUCUUAUAGUGUGCCAACUGUUGACAUGUUUGGGAUGCAGGUAAGCAUGCCCAUGCUUAUACUGCAAAAAUUCAAUGUAGCUCCAGUGGUUCAUGAUCUUGUGUGUCGAUGGAUACAGCAUGUGGAUACAAGGACAACACAAUGGGAGGAUUUUAUUUGUAUUUGUAUUUUUUUUUAUUUUUUUUUUGGAAAAGAAAUGUUUUGUAUGUGCAGAUUUUGGAUAAGUCUUCAGAGUGCACAUAGACUAAGAUGCCUUUAUUUUUAUUUAUUAUUAUUAUUAUUAUUAUUAUUAUUAAUGUUAUUAAUUAGUAUUAUUCUUUUUAUGGGAUGAAGUGUUCCUUCACAAAAGCCUAUUAUUCACUGUAAGUAUUGUGAGCUUUUGUAAAGCCAUCUAUUUUGUCCAAAUAUGAGAAAGGAAUAUUAUGCUGUUUGCUACUUCGAUACGUCCUAUAAAGUGGAUGAAAAGGUGUAAAUAUAUACCAGAAGCAGACAGAGGCAUGUCUGUGCAUUUGACUGAUGUCAUCACAGCAGCCGUAGAUCGAAUAGCUGCCUCUAGAUGUCGCUGUUGCCUGUCAAGCAUUUGAAACCAUGCUGGGAGCUGAAGUUCAAAGGUAUGUGUAGGCGAACCAGCAUUUACAUUAUCAACAUAACUAGGCCUAAGUGUGUCACUGUGAUGGCUAAUACUUGGAGAGAAGGGCAGGAUUAAAUUUAGUAGUGAAGAACAUAAGUUGAAUGCUGUUUCCAAAAUGCCAUUUUUACAAACAAGAUGUAGAGCGCAGUGCCAUGCAUCUUACUGCUAGCAUUUAAAUGUCACUUCUGAUGUUUUUGAGGUUGAGUUUGUAUAACUGUAAUGAUUUUACAACACAACAACAUAAAUAAAGAACGGCUAAAAGCUGAAAUAAUGUAACCAGCCAUCCAUUUCCAUAGUCCGAAUUUUAUCUAGACGCUGUAGCUUACAUUUUUAUUCCUUCAUGUUAAAGCUAUUGGGCCUAAUUAUGUUAGUUUAUUGAAUAAUACAAUGUCCAUCCAGCAACCUAUUUGUGGCCAUGCCUUGCUGCAAGUGUGGAAAAUGCACUGGGAAAUGCUUUUCCCUCUUACCUGUCAAUUUGAUUUAGGGUGCACAAAACGAAAGUCGGUUGAAUUACAGUACAGCAGAACGUCCCAACAGGGUUCCUGUCAUAUUGCAAUGGUUUUACUCUAAUGUAGAUUCAGAGCCUUGAAAGAGAUGUGUGUUGUGACUGCACAGUCACACAUUUAAACACCCCCCUCCCCCAAACAUCCAAUAUCGAAGGGUGACCUUCUGAUCUAUUAGAUCAGUCAUACCGGUUCUGGCUGUCCAUCAAGACAUCUCCUCUCUCUUGCCAUGCAUGGAAGGGUAAUUAUUCAAUGCUCCACUGUGAAAGACUGUACCACAUUCUGACUUAACUAUUAUUUGGUGCAUUUUCCCAAUGGUUUGUCUAAGAGUUACAUUUCUAUGCUCUGCUACAUUUGAUCUGCUUAUAUUUUGUUAAAUAAAAUGUGGUGGAGGUUGAGUGAAGUUACAAUGGGUAUAUAUUGUGAAUGUAAAGAUGUCCUCUUUUUUACAAACCUAUUUGCGAUUGUCAGAUUUCGGUUAUGGAAUUCUCAGCAUUAUGCAGUUCAGUGCAUUACUGUGGACAUAAUAAGCACUGGUCAAUGCGGUUAAUAUGAAACGCUAAUGCUUUACAGACUUUUGAAAAUGAAAGGCACUUAAUGGUAUCAAAUGAAUACAUACUCAGACGGGAAAGAUAUUUAAUGGAUUCUGUCUAGCUCUCAAAAGGUCAGAAGAAUAUAGGUUAUUCAUUCCUGUUGUGCAGGAUGUCAAAAAUGUAUGUUUAUGUUAUAGCCUAAUUUAAGAAAUGUUUCUAUAAAACUGUGCACUAGACUUUCAGAAUUUAGUUUGACUCUUAAAUUGCUGAAGCUCAAAAAGCUGAGCAUAGUGUUAGAAACACCAAAGAUUUAUAGGGAAUGCAUGACUAGAUAAUGUAUACUGUACCUUGAACAUAUUAAUCCAAGUUAAGUUGCUUAAUUAAGUCACUUAAUUAAGUGUCUGCUCUAUGAUUUUUUAAAUCAGAGUAUAUAUAUAUAUGAAGAGUUCAGAUGCAAAAGCCUCUAAAUGCCAUCUGAAAUUUGCAUCUAAAAUUGGGAUUUUUCUUGCAACCUGAAAAUGCAUAG